AUGACAAUCAUCGUCAAGGUUCUCCGCGCCGUCAUCCGCAAUGAUGCCAUGAAAGCGGACCCGGACGAGAUCUACGGAUGGCGCGUCUUCACCCUCGUCUUCUCCGCCUGCUUCGGCGGCAUGGUAUUCGGGUGGGAUACGGGGGCCAUCGGCGGCGUGCUUUCCAUGCCGGAUACGAAGGUGCGCUUUGGGUACGACAAGUGGUCCGACGGCGCGCAGUCCAUGAUGGAACAGAACAUAGUGUCGACGCUGCAGGCCGGCUGCUUCCUCGCUUGCUUCUUCACCGGCUGGGCCGCCGACCUGUUUGGCCGGAGGAACUCGCUCAUCUUCACAGGCAUCCUGACGACGGUCGGCAUCGUCUUCCAGGCCGCGUCGGCCGCCAAUGGCACCCUGGCCGUCAUGUAUGUCGGCCGGUUCAUCGCUGGCAUGGGCGUCGGGGCUGCCUCCACCCUCACCCCGUUGGUCAAUUAUGGCUGCCUCCUACACGUCCCAUCCCCCGCCGUCUUCAUCGUCCCGCUCGCGCUCCAGUGUCUGCCUGCUGUCCCCCGAUGGUGUGCCAGAAAGGAUGACUGGGAACGUGCUACGAAUAUCAUUGUCCGUCUUCGCGGCCUCCCCGCCGAUUCUGACUAUGUCCGUGAUGAGGUCCAGGACAUGGCUUCGCAGCUCGAGGCAGAGCGUAGCUUGACGGGCGAUGCGUCGGCCAAGACACUGAUGAGGGAGAUGGUGACCAUUCCGGGAAACCGCAGGCGAGCACUCAUCUCGAUCAUGCUCAUGGUCUGCCAGCAAAUGACUGGAGUCAAUGCCAUUAUCUUUGCCAACCUCGGCAUGACGGGCACCGAGACUGGCCUUUUCGCCACCGGCGUCUACGGGAUCGUCAAGACUGCCGCAUGCGGAAUCUUCCUCGUCUUCAUCGCCGACUCGCUGGGUCGUCGCAUGAGUCUCCUAUGGACUAGUAUUGCCCAGGGCUUCGUCAUGUACUUGAUUGGGAUCUAUGGCCGCGUCGAGCCGCCGGUCGAGGGAAAAGGCGUUUCCGCUUUUGGCUAUGUUGCCAUCGUGUGCAUCUACCUCUGGGCAGCCUUCUUCCAGUUUGGAUGGGGCCCGGCUUGCUGGAUCCUCGUAUCGGAGAUACCGACGGCACGGCUCCGUGCCACCAAUGUGGCCCUGGCGGCCGCUACGCAGUGGCUGUUCAACUUUAUCGUCGCGCGCACCGUGCUCACCAUGCAGGCGACCAUGGGCAAGGCCGGGUACGGCAUGUUCUUCAUGUUUGGGUCAUUUGACUUGCUCAUGUUCAUCUUCGUCUUCUUCUUCGUGCCAGAGACGAAGGGGCUCAGCCUGGAGAAGAUGGACGAGGUCUUUGGUGUGGUCGACCCCAACAGCACAGGCAAAGCCGGUGUUUACGACGAGAAUCCUGAAGCUGCGUCGCAUAUUGAGACGAUCCGUGAGGAAGGAGGAGGCCGUGCUAAGGUCUAG